AUGGGCAAUUCGCAAGGGAAACAGGUGGCUAACACCAAUGAGAUCAACCUCAAUCAAUUCCGUCUUCUGCGGGUGGUAGGAAAGGGUGCUUUUGGAAAGGUCCGCAUCGUCGAGAAGAAAGAUACCGGCUUGACAUUUGCUCUCAAAUACAUUCGGAAAGAAGAGGUGAUCAAAUCGGAAAGCGUACGGAAUAUUAUUCGUGAACGUCGAAUGCUCGAACACCUCAACCAUCCAUUCCUGUGCAACCUGCGAUAUAGUUUUCAGGAUAUCGAAUAUAUCUACAUUGUGGUGGAUUUGAUGAACGGUGGUGACUUGCGGUUCCAUAUUUCGAGGAAAUGCUUCACAGAGGAUGCCAUUCGGUUCUGGAUUGCAGAGUUGGGCUGCGCGCUCAGAUAUAUCCAUUCCCAGGGUAUUAUUCAUCGCGACGUCAAACCAGAUAAUGUCCUGUUAGACUCGGAGGGGCAUGUUCACUUGGCAGAUUUCAACGUCGCAUCGGAUUUCAGACCUGGCAAACCUUUGACAAGCAAGUCGGGCACGCUGGCAUAUCUCGCUCCGGAAGUGUAUGAGGGUGGCGGAUACUAUGCCGAAGUCGACUGGUGGUCUCUUGGAGUUUGCUUUUACGAAUGCAUCUACAGCAAGCGACCAUUCGAGGGCCGUACUCAAGAGGCGCUUAGCGAGUCGAUCAGAAAGAUCCCGCCGAAAUACUACGUCACCAACCCUGCAGUAUCAGUACCAUGUCUCCGAGCUAUGGCGGCAUUCUUAGAGAAGGAUCGAUCAAAGCGGAUAGGCGCCAUCAGCUUCGAAAGCUUCACCUCACAUCCCUUCUUCGCCGAGUAUGACUUCGACAUGUUGGAACGGAAAGAAUACCCGCCAGUGUUCAAGCCAUCGAGUGAAAAGACCAAUUUCGACGCGACGUACGAUUUGGAAGAGUUGUUGUUGGAGGAGGCACCUCUGGAGGCUAGAGCGCGCCGGCAAAAGCCCCGCGCGGAGUUGCGCGAGGAUGCGACGGCCAAGGAGAUUCGGGAGGAUGAAUUACAUCGUCUUAUUGAGACUAUGUUUGAGCCGUUCGAUUACACGAUGGUCACAUAUAGAGGCAAUGCCGCCGAAGCAAUUGCAUCAGCACAAAAUCCAGAAGACUGUCUUCCACCGGCUCUUACUGGCCACGGUGCUACUCCUGGUGCUGGCGCUGCAAGCAACGCCUCGGUCCAUUCGAGACAACUGUCUCAACCUGAAUCCGCCCGAAACUCGCCACCCAACCGGAGCGAACUCACGCCAUCUCAUACCCACGCACACCCCGAUAACACAUCCCAAAUUGGCGACGCCAUUGAGCCCCAGAAGUCCGCCCUGAGCGGAGUUCCGCAAGCUUCGACCCCUCCUUCCUCCGUCCCCGCUCCGACUCAGGGCCAAGCCCAGGCUUUCCACCGUCCAUUCCCUCCUCCAGCCGCUCGCGGACAAGGUGCCACGCGCAAGACGAGUAAAGGCGGCGGUGUCCAAAUGGUGCUGGAAGAGUCCGGUAGCUGGAGUCAAUUGGCGGACCAGAGCUCGACCCUCCCGGCGGAGGGAUACGAUGCAGCGGGGGGCAAGGGGAAGAACGCCAACAGUGGCAUGCUGUCGUUCUUCAGCCGGAAGAAGGGCCGCGAUAGGAGCCCUAAGCCUCAAGAGCCGGGUGUCCUGGGCAAAGAGGGUGCCCGGCAGAUUAUUAGUGGAUAG